GGUGCGACUUUUAAAGCGUACCGGAGACGCGGUGCGGCUGCAGACUGGCUUCAUCCUCAGCAGCACAUAAACACACGGAAAUUCAACAACGUCAAGCUAUGGCCCACAACUGAUGCAGCGAGUGCUUGAGAUGGCAGAGGGGAUUCAUGUUGGCGAAAUGCCCUCGUAUGAACUAGUCUCAAGUGCUGAAGCAAAAAAGAGGCCGAAUUCAUCUGAUGGAAGAGAGGAACCCAUGAGGAAGAUGCCAGUGUCCAAAUUUGGCCCGAGACCACGAUUCGAGCCAGUACACUUUGUCAGUGGCAGCAGCAGCAACACCAGUGGAUUAGGGUUUGCUGAUGAAAAAGAAAACGAGAAAGAUCGAAGGAGCGGGGAGGUGAAUAGCAUAAGGCAGAGGGAGCCAGACCAACCACACAGCAGUAGCCAUGGUUAUGGCCCUCCUCCCUCCUCAUCAUUAUAUGGUUUUGACUCUUGGGCUGAUCGUAGAAGCAAGGACAUGUCCUUCAGCAACAAGAGCGGUUUUGGUUAUGGCAGCAGAGGGCCUACCUCAAACUUCAUGGGAAAAAUGCAACAGGAAUACACAGCAAGAUAUGAGGCACACAGUGCAAGACAGGCAAACUCACCUCCUCAGUCAAGCCGAUUUGAUAGCUAUUCAGGGGGAAGGCCUGGACGCUGGGAUUCUGGACGGCAUGGCUUGGGCUUUGGGCGUAAGGAUAGACCAUCAUCUAGCAAAGGUUUGACUAGAGCCUAUGACAGCCCAAGCAGAGCCAGUCCUGGCCUUCUCCCGACACCAUGUAUGCCAACCCCAGUUCCUCCAACUACCCUGGAUGAGAAGCAAAGGUUAAUUACCAGGGUUUUAUCUGCUGUAGCAGUUACACUCCGAGACCCUGCAUUCGUGGGCGGACCUGAUGGUCCAAAUUACAAUUUCAUCCUCAGCCGCAGCAUUCAGUCUUGUAAAACUAACCCUGAGUACAUUUAUGUUAACUUAAAAGAUAUUCCUCCAUCUGACCUUCCUAAGAACAAAAAAGUACCACCUGAGGGCUAUGCAUGUGAGUUGAGAUGUUCAGGUGUGUACCUUGCGACAGGCUACUCUGGCAGCAAGAAUGGUGCCAGGGACCGUGCAUCAGAGCAGGCUGUGAAGCUUUUCAUGAAACCAGUGGAGGUCCGUGUAGUGCAGCGUCUGUAUAAACGUAAUUAUGUCAAUGACUUGGUAGUGUGCCAGUUGAACACACCCACCCCUGCCUUAGUUCCGCCUCUACGUAACCCAGAGGACAGCCCACCACCCAGUACCAAGGGUCAGUAUGUGCCUGAUAAAAGCAAACAUUGGACAGAGUUUGUCAUCAUGGAAAAUGCCCAUGACGCCAUUUGCAUCCUCAACAAUUCUGCUGCCUAUAACCGUAUGAAAAUUGACUAUUCCUUUGAUCCAGUACCUAAUAGCAGCGCAUGGGUGUGUAGUGUAUACUUGCAAGGUGAACUUUUGGCUCAAGGCAGAGGGACAAAAAAGAGCUCUAAACACACUGCAGCUGAGGAGGCCGUAAAAAAGCUGCGAAUGAACCAGGCAGUUCGCCAACAGCAGGAACAACAGGAACAAUACCAACAGCAGCAGUUCUCUCAAGGAUACCCCAAUGUUGAUCAAACAGUUGGAAGUGUUGGCCAGUACGGUGGGCGAAAGAAACAUCUCAGUGAACUAGUUAUUCUAGAAAACUCUGAUAAUGCCAUUUGCAUCAUUAACGAUACUGCACAGUUUAACAAGGUGGCUGCAGACUAUAAAUUUACAGUGCUACCAGACCAUCGCUGGAGGUGCGAGGUCUAUAUCGAGGGUCAGUUUGUAGCCGAAGGCAUUGGUCCCAAAAAGACCGUCAAACACAUUGCAGCCGAGGAGGCCAUUGCCACUCUGAAACGUACACAAGCAGUGGUGAAGUCGAACCUUAGAAAGGAGGGCAACGUAGACGCCAUUUCCCGAAAUCAAAUUCUGGCUCGUGGUGGGGAGGAGGCCGCACAGCAGGAAAUAAAGGAAGACAAUAUUGGUAACCAGUUACUCCGUAAGAUGGGCUGGACAGGUGGUGGGUUGGGUCGAGAGGGAGACGGCAUAUCUGAACCAAUCAUGGUUAAGGAACAGUUUAGUAGAGAAGGACUCGGUAUGGACAUGGAAAAACAUGGUCAUUUGACGAAGCGUGAUAUCGAGGAAAUCAUACGCACUUAUGCUUGUUCAGAGCGCCAGGAUGACCUGCGAUUCUCCACCGAGCUCAAUAACGAAGAGCGUAAGCAAAUUCACCAGGUCUCCCAAAAAUAUGGGCUGCGGAGCAAAUCUUACGGCCAGGGAAGACACCGCUUCCUCGUGGUUAGCCGGAGAGUGCAAAAGGAUCAGCUGAUUGGUCAACUGCUGCAAGAGGGUCAGGUGGGACGAUACGAACUGGUAAAACCUCAGGCCCCUGAAUGACUAGACCUCAACGAACCCUACAUGUGAUUGCGACUGAGUAGAGCAAAUGUACAUAUGUCUAUUGGUUUCAAAAACAGUUUCAAAUGUAUUUUUCAAAAAAAAAAAAAAAACCGUGUCCACUAACAUCAGUUGCUUCUGUCUUCUUGGCAGAAGGAUCAUAUUCUAUUUAUGGCACACUCCUUCCCCCACUCAUGUAUUGCCAUAGAUUUUGAGGAUUAUAACUAAUUUGAGCAAGGCACUAUGUUAUACACAAGCGACUUACUAAGAUUAGUCCUAUCUUGUAUCCUGUCAUUUUUAUAGACAUAAAUGUUGGUAGUGAAUUCUAUGGCAGCAUGUACUAUAAAACAUUCCAUUUUCAUGAUGAACAGCAUGUCCUGUUCCUGUGCUGGACCAUUUACAUGCUAACCAAAACUGUAAUUAAAAUGCCAGAUCAUGAAAAGAAUUAUUGUUUCACAUUAGUCACAUUACAGUCAGGUAACUAUUGUUAGUGGUAUUGUAUACACCUAUGGUAUCAUUGAAAGCUAGUUAUCUUCCCUAGACCAAUGCCUGAGCAGCAUUUGUGCUUUGUUCACAAGGUUUGUUUUUUUUUUUUUUUUUUUUUUUUUGUGAGAUCUAUUGUGUCUGCUUGUUGUAUAUUAAAGAACAUAAUCUGGUCAAUAUCUCACUAGUUUAUUUAUUUUAUCGCUCUUGCUAUUCUACACACCCUCAGGUUAAGAAACUCACAGAUUAAUUUACUGUUUAUUUACAAGAAGUGAGAAAAUGUACAGUUUUACAUUGAGUACAAGUACAAAUCCAACUCAAACUCUGGAUGGGCAUUUGAAAAGUGAUGACCCUAAAGAAUUCAAAUGAAUAUCACAUAAAAGCAAACAGCAUCAUGCCCAGGCAAUGAAAUAAUUAAGCCAGAGGGAACCGCAAGAACUGAAGAAAAUGGCCAAAUAGUCAUGCAAUCGGGAUUGAACAAGUCAAAAUCAAUAGACUGGAAAUAUCAUUAUCAGUGUUUCAUAGCUCAGAUUCUAGGCUUGGGAUAAAGGCUUCUAAAAUGAAGGCAUAGCUCUUAUCAGCCAUUAUAUAUAUAUAUAUUUAUAUAUAUUUAUAUAUAUAUAUAUAAAAUUCAAAAAUUAGCACACUUUUUUUUUUGUACAUGAACUUGGGGAAAACAGUUGUAUUUCAAAUUAAAUCAACUCCCAUACAUUUUUAAAAAGAAAUUAAAACUUUUUUUGUAGCACAUCAACUUUAUAUAUAAACUGUUUUCAGAUUAUAAGUGUGAUAGCAUCUAAGUUUUAAAAUAAAGAAAUUUAGAUUGACAUGAUAUUCUGUACUUUGGCGUUCUUCCUCAAACACCUUGACAAUAAAACUGGACUGAGGUCAAUAAAAAAAAAAA